CGAGGGUGCGGAGAGCUGGUGGUAGGAAGCAGGUCAGUAGGUGUGGAUUAGGCCAGGUCCUAUCGCAGCUCGCGCGCUUGAUUCCCGCAAGGAAGGCGGCGACCGCGUCCUGAAAGGGCAGAGUCCGGCCAGCGUUAGGUGAGACUACGGGGAGAGAGGCGACAUGGAGGGCAUCCUGGGCCGGACCCUUUGCAUCGUGACCGGGGCCUCCCGGGGCUUCGGCCGCAGCCUGGCCCAGCUGCUGGCCCCGAGGUUGGCCGCCGGCUCGGCGCUGAUGCUGACCGCCCGCAACAAAGAGGCCCUGCGGACGCUGUCCGACGAGCUGGGGAAGGCGAAGCCGGACCUGCAGGUGCUGUGCGUGUCUGCCGAUCUGGGCAGCGAGGCCGGGCUGCAGCGGCUGCUGGAGGCGUUGCCCCGGCCACCGGACUUGCAGCGGCUCCUGCUGAUCAACAACGCUGGUUCCUUAGGGGAUGUGUCUAAAAAUGUUGUGGACUUUGCUGACCCAGCAGAAGUCAAUGACUACUGGGCCCUGAAUGUGACUUCCACUCUUUGUCUGACCUCUGGGGUGCUCAGGGCCUUCCCCCCCAGCCCUGGCCUGAAAAGAACUGUGGUCAACAUCUCCUCCCUCUGUGCUGUGAAACCCUUCAAAAGCUGGAGCCUCUACUGUGCUGGCAAGGCUGCCCGAAACAUGAUGUUCAGUGUCUUGGCAGAGGAAGAACCCAGUGUGCGGGUGCUGAGCUAUGCCCCAGGCCCUCUGGACACAGACAUGUACCAGGAAGCUGAACAGAAAACCAAGGACUUGGAUAUGCGGCAGGCAGUGAACAACAUAAGGGAGCGCCAGUCCCUGCUAGACUGUGCUGUUUCUGCCCAGAAGCUCCUGGACCUGCUGGUUGGGGACACCUUUGAGUCAGGGGCCCACACUGAUUUCUUUGAUAAGUAGGACUGGCUGCCCUCCACCACCUAGGGGCACCCCCCUCCUCUGCCAUCCUGUCCUCUCCCUCUUCUCUUCACAAGUGCCUAGCAAAGGAUACAUCUCAGAUACAUCUCUCAAGCUUUCCACCCAGACAGGGGUACAUGACUUAGUAGAGAAGCCCUUCAUUGGGAAGCAGAGGACCUUCCCUAUGUCAGCCAGGUUGUAAUGGGCCAAGCUGGGAUUUGAACCAAGUACUCAGAUUCCCCAUCCAGGGCUCUCCACUCUGCCAUAAUGUGCCCUCCUUCCUCCAUGCACUUGGAUAUCUUAUUUGGCUUUCACUGAGACAGACUCUUGUCUCCAAUCUAUAUUGUCCCCCUCCCCUGUACAGUGCCCCCCCCUUACCAAAGAAUCCCCUGGGGCCCCAGCUUACUGAGUGCAGGUUACUGAGGCUGAGAGUGUUAGGGGUGGAGUGAAGGGAAUGUGUCAAGGAGUCUGUUGGGGAAUUAGGGGGUAAAAAGGGAGACCAUGCUUGUCGGGAGGUGAUUCUCUGACCCCCUCAAAGACUCAGGAAGGCACAAUGGAUGCUAUGCUAGGCUUGAAGUCAGCAAUAUCUGAGUUCAAAUCCAGCCACUGACAUCUAUAGUGAGACUCUGGACAUGUCACUUUAUGUCUGUACCUCAGGCAGCUCCCUAAGACCUGAAUCUGAAUUCCUAGACUGGUUACCAUCUGCCUUGAUCAAGGUUGCUCUUAUGUUGAAAUCUCAUGUCAUUCCUGUAUGAAAGAGAGAGGGAGAGAUGGAGAGAGAGGAGGGAGGGAAGGAGAAGGAAGGAAGGAAGGAAGUAAAGAUGGAAGGAAGGAAUGCUGAAUUAUCUCUUCUUCGCUUUCUACUUCUACCCCUUGUAUAAGUUGUAAGAUCUUUAGCGGUGGAAAUGUGUUUCUGCUUUCCCUUGUGACUGACUACCCGAGCCUCAGAGAAUACAAUAAAUGUUGAAAAAGUA